UAGUUAGUCGUAUUUCUUUUCCCAUAUUUUCCUAGUGAUAUGUGUAAUACAUAUAUAUACUAUACUUGAGAGUAGAGAGAGAGUGUGAGUGUAAUAACUAAAAGACAUGAUUGUUCUGCAGGAUCUAAGCAAAAAGCCUCUCUCUCUUUUUUCACCCUCUUCAAUGCAGUACUAGAAAGCUGCAUCCAAAUCCUGUGGACCGUGGUUAGCUCUGGUGCAACGCCAUGGCGGUUGUUGUUGUUCUUGCUGUGAUUUUGUUGGCUAUGGUUGGUCACUCAAGUGGGGCAUGGUGUGUAUGCAGAGAAGGAUUAAGCGAAGCAAUGCUGCAGAAGACAUUGGACUACGCAUGUGGCGCAGGAGCUGAUUGUGGACCCAUUCACCAGAACGGACCUUGCUUUAACCCAAACACCGUUAAGUCUCACUGCUCCUACGCCGUCAACAGCUUCUUCCAGAAGAAAGGUCAGUCUCAGGGAACUUGUGACUUCGCCGGCACAGCCACCGUCUCAGCCUCUGAUCCCAGCUACACAUCGUGUCCUUUUCCUGCGAGUGCAAGUGGUAGUGGGACAACGACACCAGUGACGACAACACCUUCGACAAGAGUCCCUACGACAACUAAUACAAGACCCUACACGUCCUCAACAGGAGGAGGUUUGGGAAUCCCGUCUGGAAUCCCAGAUUACACAGAUCCAUCCUCUGGAUUCAAACUCCAUAACCCAAGAGACACCACCUUCUUUGUAUCCGGACUCUUGGUCUUCUUCUUAUUCUUUUUCAACUCCUACUUGUUGAGCUAGUAAACAACAACUAAUUAAGAUGGAAUGUAGUAGAUCAUGUGAGUGUGGGUCACUCUCUCUCAAUAGUCACUACUGUAAUGAUGGGAGAGACAUUUAGUUGGACGUGUCUUGUUUUCCUAGCUGUUAUCCACUUGGCUCUGAAUCAAAAAUGUACAUUUUUUAAAAAAAAAUUAGAUUAAGAAAACAGCAAUAUUUAAAGUUGUC